UAUAUAUAUAUAUACAUACAUACAUAUAUACGUAUAUUGUUGAAAAUGUACAUACUUAAUACACGGUCGAUAGCAAGUAAGAUUUUCUCGUUUCUUGGAGUGUCGAAGCAGCUAGAGCAAACCGCGAGGGAAUGGGACUGGAAAGAGUACUACUUAUUUGGAUAGUUGAUAGGCCUGUUCGUACAUUCCUGGACACCCGUCCCUCGGUUCUCUUCUACUUGAAAAACAUAUACACACGAGAGAAAGUAGUAAAUCGAAAGAGUACACACAAAUGCAAGAAGAACGAAUUUCCUGGCCGAGUCACGUCCAACAACGAUGUAUACAAGCUUGAAUGGUUCGAUCACGUGGCAGCAUACAAAAUGCAUUUUCGUGGUUGGGCUUGCUUCUUAAUUUUUUGGUUUUUCUUAUUCAAGUAUCUUUUUAAAAAAUUUAUAAGAUCAUCAUCGAUGAUCACGAACAUAUUGUUGAUCAAUGUCAACGCAUGAUUUUUCGAUCAUUUAGAUAUAUCACUGUUUUAAUUUUCAUUCUGAAAAGAAAUAGGUUUCUUUCUAUUCAGUUUGCAAGAACAUUAUGUACGUAUACUAUGAUAAUGUUAUUGAACGUGACAUUGUUUGCACAGUUUGUUGUUAACAGGAACGUUAAUAAGACGAAUUCAUUAUCGUAGAAUAGCGAGAGUAAAGUGACCGUGAUUAGGACAACGUACAACGUACUCUAACAUCGGGUUUCCUCCUUCAAAAUUUAAUCUUUUCAAAAUCUUUUAUUACAUACUUUAUAUAUUUUGUCUUGGAUAAUCGUAUCAAAAAAUUUCAUCAACAUAAUCUUAUUUUUCCCCAACCCUAUUUUUCGUUUCCAUGCUUUUACGAACUAAAAUAACCAAAGCCUUCCCUUCUCAUUUUGAUUUAAUAAUAGAAUGCCGCUGAUGCAUUAUAAAUAAUAUUACGUAGCUACUUAAUCACGAAAGCCAUCAUGCUGAAUUCUAAUCGAAAUAUACAUAUAUAGUUCGUUGAGGAAACACUUAAGAAAUGAAAUUGCGAUGUUUUAUGAAUUAAAUGAGUCAGGGUGCUGUAAAAUGAUUACGACUAAGUGGAGAUUUAGCGCGGCAAGUAUAUUUUCAUUAGCUAAAGAACAUUUAGAGCCUUUGUUGAACGAAGCCAAACCUGGAAUAUUGGGACCGUUAGAGUUACGGGAACUUACUCUUGGCGAGCAAACACCAUAUGUAACACGCGUGAGGACUCUGGAAUAUAGUUGCGAAGAUGAAACGUUGGACGGUCAUUCAAGAGAGAAAAAACUAUCAAUCAAGGCCGAUGUACGAUUGGACUGCGAGCAAUUUCGCAUGCUCAUAGCAUCCGGGAGUCUCUUUGGCGUUUGCAUGGAUGUCGAUAUGGCCGUGGAAAAGCUGACCCUCUCCGGAACGAUUCUCAUCACUCUGACCCUGAAUUCUCUGGCACCGUUUCCACACGCGACUAGGCUUAGCGUGAGCUUCUUGGAGAAACCGGAAGUUUGGUUCAGCGUGAGAAUCCUACGAACCGUGCAAAUGAUGGAAAUACCUUUAAUCAAGACCUGGAUUCAUGCUGUAGUUACCGAUGCUUUGGCAAGUUGGCUCGUUGAUCCGGGUCAUCUUGAAUUGAAUUUAAGAGCUCAGGAAAGACCUGGCCCUGUAUUGGAUUCUUUGGCUAAUUCAAUACCGCAAGGUGUACUGACUGUUGUAUUGAGUCAAGAUGGUUCACCACCUAUCAUAGGUGAUGAAGUAAGAUGGCUGGUAGUGACCAUAGGGGAUCAACGUUGUGUCACGUCACAUCUGAAUCCAACUUGGACGGAGGACGUUUCGUUUUUGGUCGGACCAUUGGACAACGAAAGGAUCACGAUCAAAUUGAAGACGAAGAGGCUCGUCAGUACCAUCACUUUAGCCCAAUUUGAAUUGGCACUUGGCGUUUACAAUUGGGAGAAUCCUCAAAUCAUUGAAACCGUAAUACAACAAAAAAAACCUUCUAGUAGCAGUUCAAACAUUCCAAAUAUUAAUGCUCGAUUAGAAUAUACGCCCAUUCCUAAUUUGGAACCGGAUUUGCCACGACCUGAAUUAACCGAGGAUAUGUUACACAAUGCAGGUGUCCUCGUGGUUUAUAUCCAUUCUUCAGAAAAUCUUAACUGUGAUACUUCACAAUGCAAUCCUUACUGUAUGUUGUUUAAUAACCGAAAGAAGGUGAAAACUACACACUACGUUCGUAAUACUACCUCUCCGCGUUGGGAAUGUAGAGCACAGUUUCUCGUACAAGAUUAUACUCAAGUUUGUCUUAGCUUUGUUAUAUAUUCUUGGAAUAUAUCGAAGUCUUGUGACUCGGAUAUGCUUGGGCUUGCUAUGAUGUCAUUAACCCAGGAAUCAACGUGGGUACUUAGAAAAGAAUUAACUCUGAAUGGUACAAACAGUGUUUCCACUAUGACGGUUUCCGUAUUAUUUUAUCCCGUAAAGAGUGUACAACAAGUAGUUACCAGUCGUAGAAGCAGUAUGGUUCCCGUUGCAUCAGAUGAUGAACCAAAAUCAAAGAGAAAUAGUUUACCUUGGAUGCAACAAGCUAAAUUAUUAUUAACUCACAAAGACAUUGACCCUGCUUCUUCCGAUAUAUCGAGUCUUCUAUCCACUGGAAGUGGCUUAAUGGAAGUGACAUUGUUACGCGCUAAGGAUUUGGUUGCGAAAGAUUUAAAUGGCUUUAGCGAUCCAUUCUGUGAGCUUAAAUUAAAUAACGAAACAAAGUACAAAAGUAGUAUAAAGAAGAAAACGUUGAAUCCAUGUUGGGAUGAGAGCUCUAUAAUGGGUCUACCUCGGUCAGGAGAAAAUUUAGAUAUUGUCCUAUGGGAUCAUGAUACUUUUGGUAUGAAAGAUUAUUUGGGUAAAGUGUCAUUGACUCUCGACGAUAUAAGAAAACUUUCCAAUAGUGAUCAGUCUCAUUGGUUUACGUUAAAGGGAACCAAAACGGGAUCUGUUGAGCUAAAAAUCAAAGUUCUCUCCGAGGAAUAUGAGACUCAAAGCACAUAUGCAGCCAGUAAUGCGAGCGAGGGUUCUUCUCGUUACAAUAUAGAAACCGAAUCAAUAUCUAACAUCAUAAGAAGACCAUCAAUGGAAAAAUCUAAAAUGAAGUUACAUUUGGAUCCUGUUAUCCCACCACCACCACCUCCACGUACUGUUACUUUACUCAAACCUACGACGUCCAAUCAGUCUGAUAAAAUCAAUAUAACAAGUAAAGAAUCAAACGAAAUGAACGGUAAUCAAAAUUCUUGGAUGUCCAGAGUAGUGAAUGAAUCCAUUACCGAUGUAGUCGACAUGGUAGAAGUUCCAAAAAUAAGGGAAAGACGAUCGUCCCAUCAUAGUUUAACACCCAGUCCUGAACAAAACUUUGGCAAGAAGCUACCACAGUACAAUAGCUUCCGCGUUAUGAAACAAAAGGUCAAGAGAGGAUUGAAACUCCGCAGAUUCCGUUCGGAAGUAAAUAUAGAAGAUAAUAAAAACGAAAGCAAGGGUAUAACGUUGAGUUUAGAACCUAGGGGCGGUGGUGAAGCUGAUGCUACGGAAUUGUUACAAGGAGCUGGUUUAGCACAUGCUGUUUCGCAACCUGAUAUGCUUGGUAGAAUAAGACAGCCUAGUCCACGUUUACGAAUAAGACCAAAUGAAUUGAAAAUUGUUAAUGGCACCAGAGAAAGAUAUUCGGGUGUGGAGGGCAAAGUUUUGCAAGCACAGGGACUUCACGUAGCUCACAUUGCUCAGCUAUAUUGCCGAGUUAAAUUUCAAACAUGUAACAGUCCAGAGAAAAUGUCAUCCUCUGCUAAUGCCGGCAAAACAAUAGCGAAGUCACGACUAUUACCGGCAAUGCCAAAUCCGCAAUUCAGUAUAGACUUUCAUAUAGAAAGUGACAGCGUUCCGAGACAAGCUUUACUCAUAUUCGAAAUUAGAGGUGCCAGUAAGGAGUUAUUGGCAAGUCGACGUAUCACGUUGCACGAAUUAUUAGGAGUAUCAGUUGCGAGCAACGAAGUGCAUACCUGGUUGGCGUUGAACAAUGGAGCUUCAUUAGAAAUUCAAAUCGCUCAUGGAAGAGAAUUAAAAAACAAAUCGUCGAAGAAAUUAUUUCGUUCAUGGUCCGUACAUCGGAUAGGGAAAAUAUGA